CUUAGGACAGACCCGGAAGCGGCGGCGGCGCCCCUGGGGAAGAUGGCGCCAUCCGGGCUGAAGGCGGUGGUGAGGGAAAAAAUUCUAAGUGGAGUUAUCCGAAGCGUCAAAAAGGAUGGGGAGUGGAAGGUGCUCAUCAUGGACCACCCCAGUAUGCGCAUCUUGUCGUCCUGCUGCAAAAUGUCAGACAUCCUGGCCGAGGGCAUCACCAUUGUUGAAGACAUCAACAAGAGGCGAGAACCCAUCCCUAGUCUGGAGGCCAUCUACUUGCUGAGCCCCACGGAGAAGUCGGUGCAGGCCCUGAUCGCAGACUUCCUGGGCACCCCCACCUUCACCUACAAAGCGGCCCAUGUCUUCUUCACUGACACUUGCCCUGAGCCCCUGUUCUGCGAGCUUGGCCGCUCUCGGCUGGCAAAGGCGGUGAAGACAUUGAAAGAGAUCCACCUUGCCUUCCUACCCUAUGAGGCCCAGGUGUUCUCCCUGGAUGCCCCCCACAGCACCUAUAACCUGUACUGCCCAUUCCGGGCGGGGGAGCGGGCGCGGCAGCUCGAGGCACUGGCCCAGCAGAUUGCCACCCUGUGUGCCACGCUGCAGGAGUACCCAGCCAUCCGCUACCGCAAGGGCCCAGAGGACACAGCGCAGCUGGCCCAUGCCAUCCUGGCCAAGCUGAACGCCUUCAAGGCUGACACACCCAGCCUGGGCGAGGGCCCUGAGAAGACCCGCUCACAGCUCCUGAUCGUGGACCGGGCCGCUGACCCUGUGUCUCCACUGCUGCAUGAGCUCACGCUCCAGGCCAUGGCCUAUGACCUACUGGACAUCGAGCAGGACACGUACAGGUAUGAGACCACAGGGCUGAGCGAGGCGCGGGAGAAGGUUGUACUGCUGGAUGAGGACGAUGACCUGUGGGUGGAGCUACGGCACAUGCACAUUGCUGAUGUGUCCAAGAAGGUCACGGAGCUCCUGAAGACGUUCUGUGAGAGUAAAAGGCUUACCACGGACAAGGCCAACAUCAAAGACUUGUCCCACAUUCUGAAGAAAAUGCCGCAGUACCAGAAGGAGCUGAACAAGUAUUCCACGCACCUGAAUUUAGCUGAUGACUGCAUGAAGCGUUUCAAGGGUUCGGUGGAGAAGCUGUGUAGUGUGGAGCAGGACCUGGCCAUGGGCUCCGACGCAGAGGGAGAGAAGAUCAAGGACGCCAUGAAGCUGAUUGUGCCGGUGUUGCUGGACGCGGCCGUGCCGGCCUACGACAAGAUCCGGGUCCUGCUGCUGUAUAUCCUGCUGCGGAAUGGUGUGAGUGAGGAGAACCUGGCCAAGCUAAUCCAGCACGCCAACGUGCAGGCGCACUGCAGCCUCAUCCGGAACCUGGAGCAGCUGGGGGGCACCGUCACCAACCCGGGGGGGUCGGGCCCCUCGAGCCGGCCGGAGCGCAGGGAGCGCCUGGAGCCCACCUACCAGCUGUCCCGCUGGACUCCAGUCAUCAAGGAUGUGAUGGAGGAUGCCGUGGAGGACCGGCUGGACCGGAGGCUGUGGCCUUUUGUGUCUGACCCUGCCCCUAUACCCAGCUCCCAGGCUGCCGUCAGUGCCCGCUUUGGCCACUGGCACAAGAACAAGGCGGGUGUGGAGGCGCGGGCGGGGCCCCGGCUCAUUGUGUAUGUCAUGGGCGGUGUGGCCAUGUCUGAGAUGAGAGCCGCCUAUGAGGUGACCAGAGCCACUGAAGGCAAAUGGGAGGUGCUCAUAGGCUCCUCACACAUCCUCACCCCCACCCGCUUCUUGGACGACCUCAAGACGCUGGAUCAGAAGCUGGAGGACAUUCCCCUGCCCUGACCUUCUCCCGCCCACCCUGACCUUCCCAGAAAAAUAAACUCCUCCCUCCUGCCUGCUAG